GCCACGGUUUGCAAUGGAGGGUGUGCUCUACAAAUGGACCAACUACUACAACGGCUGGCAGCCGCGCUGGUUCGUGCUGGACGGCGGCGUGCUCUCCUACUACGACCACAAGGAGGAUGUGCGCAAGGGCAGCAAGGGCAGCCUGAAGAUGGCCGUGUGCGAGAUCCAAGUGUGCCCGAGCGAUGACUCCCGCCUGGAGCUGGUGAUCCCCGGCGAGCAGCACUUCUACUUGCGCACGACCAGCGCCGCGGAGAGGCAGGGCUGGGUGGUGGCGCUCGGCUCCGCCAAGGCCUGCCUCACCGACAGCCGCACGCGCAAAGAGAAAGAAAUCAUGGAGGCGAGCGACUCGCUGUGCUCCAAGAUGUCCGAGAUGCGUCUCUACUAUGACCUCAUGACGCAGCAGGUGUCGCUCAUCCGCCAGGGCAUCCAGGAGCCACGGCCCGACGUGCAGAGGAUGAGCGAGGCGUCGUCCCUGCUGAGCGCCACCUGCGACACGUUUGUGCGCGCCUUGGAGGAGUGCGUCCACACCGCGGCCAGCAGCGUGCGGCCCUCCACGCAGCAGCAACAGCAGCAGCAGCAGCUGGCCCCGCCAGCCGUGAUGUCGCCCACACCACGCAGCCCGCAGCGUCCAGCCAGGGUCAAGAGUCAAGGUCGCACAUCGCACACGGAGAGCACCACGAGGUCCCUACCGAGACCGCCCCCGUCCUCCCGCAAGCGCGAGCCCAACAACAACAGCAACAAGAGCGGCAGAACCUCCUCGUCCUCCUCCUCGUCACGGCGGAGGCUGGCCAUGGCGUCAACGCGAGUCGGGGCGAUCGUGGAGGAGGUGGAGGAGGAGGCGGCGGCGGUGGAGGCCCCUGCAGCCGAGGGAGCGUCCCGGCCAGAGCCGACGGCCGCAGCAGCGCCCCGUGAACACGCAUCUCAGGAGGCCGCGGCGAGUGGAGAGUCACGUGACGCAGACACGCCGCAGCAGGGCGCGUCACAUGACGCGUCACAUGACGCAGACACGCCGCAACAGGCCGUGUCACGUGACGCAGACAUGCCGCAGCAGGCCGCGUCACGUGACGGGUCACAUGACGCAGACACGCCGCAGCAGGCCGCGUCACAUGACGCGUCACAUGACGCAGACACACCGCAGCAGGCUACGUCACGUGACGCAGACACGCCGCAGCAGGCCACGUCACAUGACGCGUCACGUGACGCAGACACGCCGCAACAGGCCGCGUCACAUGACGCAGACACGCCGCAGCAGGCCGCGUCACAUGACGCAGACACGCCAAACCAGACCACCACGCCACUUGAAGUGAUCGCGGGGAGCGACGUGUGUCCGAGGUUCGAGACUUCGGACGUCGCCACACAGGAGUCGAGGAGACCCGCAGAACACCGACGGGACGGGGAAGACUCCACGGUCGACGGUGAUGAUCCUAAUGCCGCUGCUGCCGAUGAUGCCGAUGAUGCCGAUAGUAUCAACGACGGUCAUUUUGAUGAUGCUGAUGAUGGUAACGAUGCUGACGAUGGCGACGUGGGCACUGCUGGGCGUGGGGAGGAGGGCGGUGCGGGAGAGAACUCGGAUGCCGGACACGUGGCCGAUCGGGGAUUCCAUCCGGAGACACUGGGCGAGGGUGAGGACUGUUGGGGCGAGGGUGAGGACCCUGGGGUUGAGGGUGAGGACGCUGGUGGUGAGGGUGAGGACGGCGGGGGUGAGGACUCUGGGGGUGAGACGGUGGAGACCUUCUUCGGUGUCAUGGCACAGAGGUUCAGCGACGCGGAGCUGCAGGACGAGCAAGGGAUCCACGUGGAGCCGUUCCUGAGGGCGUGCGCCUCCAUCGUCCCCGUGCUCGACAAGCUGGGCCCCACGGCGUUCGCUCCGGUCAAGCUCGACUUCGUGGGCAACAUCCGGAAAAUCACGCAGAAGUACGAGACGGACCGGGCGGCCUUCCCCACGCUGCAGAGCAUCGUGGGCCACGAGCUGAGCAGCGGCACCGCCCUGGUGCGCAACUCCACCACCGAGGCGCUGCUCUGGCUCAGGCGGGGCCUCAAGUUCCUUCUGGAGCUGCUGACCGAGGUGCGGGAGGGCCAGGCCAACCUGCACGUGGCACUCAGCAAUGCGUACGGGCGGACUCUGAGGCGCUACCACGGCUGGGUGGUGCGGGGGGUGUUCGCGCUGGCGCUGCGUGCGGCCCCGGCGCUGGACGGGUUCCUGGCGGCGCUGACGGCACGUGAGGGCGACCCCACGGGGCCUGAGUUCCGCGCGCAGCUGAACCGCGACCUGGACACGUACCUGGGCGCCAUGCGGGCCCAGCUCGGGGCGCUCGACCACCUCUACGAGCAGAACCAGCUGGAGUCGGACCGCGUCGUGUGAGCGCCGUCGACAGCGCUGUCAGCUUAGACACAGCGCCUCCCACCUGGACCCCUGCUUCGACAGCGCCCGACAAUAUUACCAUCGGCGCAGGAUAAUAUCACAAUCGGAUCCGGAUACUCUCACGAUCAUACCCGGAUAAUCUCACGAUCAAACACAGAUAAUCUCACGAUCAGACACAGAUAAUCUCACGAUCAGACACAGAUAAUAUCACGAUCAGCAUCGGAUAAUCUCACGAUCAGACACAGAUAAUCUCACGAUCAGACACAGAUAAUCUCACGAUCAGACACAGAUAAUCUCACGAUCAAACACAGAUAAUCUCACGAUCAGACACAGAUAAUCUCACGAUCAGACACAGAUAAUCUCACGAUCAGACACAGAUAAUAUCACGAUCAGACACAGAUAAUGUCACGAUCAGACACAGAUAAUAUCACGAUCAGCAUCGGAUAAUCUCACGAUCAGACACAGAUAAUCUCACGAUCAGACACAGAUAAUCUCACGAUCAGACACAGAUAAUCUCACGAUCAGACACAGAUAAUCUCACGAUCAGACACAGAUAAUCUCACGAUCAAACACAGAUAAUCUCACGAUCAGACACAGAUAAUCUCACGAUCAGACCCAGAUAAUCUCACGAUCAAACACAGAUAAUCUCACGAUCAGACACAGAUAAUCUCACGAUCAGACACAGAUAAUCUCACGAUCAGACACAGAUAAUCUCACGAUCAGACACAGAUAAUCUCACGAUCAGACACAGAUAAUCUCACGAUCAGACACAGAUAAUCUCACGAUCAAACACAGAUAAUCUCACGAUCAAACACAGAUAAUCUCACGAUCAGACACAGAUAAUCUCACGAUCAGACACAGAUAAUCUCACGAUCAGACACAGAUAAUCUCACGAUCAGACACAGAUAAUCUCACGAUCAGACACAGAUAAUCUCACGAUCAGACACAGAUAAUCUCACGAUCAGACACAGAUAAUCUCACGAUCAAACACAGAUAAUCUCACGAUCAGACACAGAUAAUCUCACGAUCAAACACAGAUAAUCUCACGAUCAGACACAGAUAAUCUCACGAUCAAACACAGAUAAUCUCACGAUCAAACACAGAUAAUCUCACGAUCAGACACAGAUAAUCUCACGAUCAGACACAGAUAAUCUCACGAUCAAACAGAUAAUCUCACGAUCAAACACAGAUAAUCUCACGAUCAAACACAGAUAAUCUCACAAGCAGACACAGAUAAUCUCACGAUCAAACACAGAUAAUCUCACGAUCAAACACAGAUAAUCUCACGAUCAAACACAGAUAAUAUCACGAUCAAACACAGAUAAUAUCACGAUCAGCAUCAGAUAAUCUCACGAUCAGACACAGAUAAUCUCACGAUCAGACACAGAUAAUCUCACGAUCAGACACAGAUAAUCUCACGAUCAGACACAGAUAAUCUCACGAUCAGACACAGAUAAUCUCACGAUCAGACACAGAUAAUCUCACGAUCAAACACAGAUAAUCUCACGAUCAGACACAGAUAAUCUCACGAUCAGACACAGAUAAUCUCACGAUCAGACACAGAUAAUCUCACGAUCAGACACAGAUAAUCUCACGAUCAAACACAGAUAAUCUCACGAUCAGACACAGAUAAUCUCACGAUCAGACACAGAUAAUCUCACGAUCAGACACAGAUAAUCUCACGAUCAGACACAGAUAAUCUCACGAUCAGACACAGAUAAUCUCACGAUCAGACACAGAUAAUCUCACGAUCAGACACAGAUAAUCUCACGAUCAGACACAGAUAAUCUCACGAUCAGCAUCGGAUAAUCUCACGAUCGGCGCCAGCUAAUGUCACGAUCGGCACCGGCUGAUCACACGAUCAGCAAGGACCCAAUUGACCAUCAGCGCCGAAUAUUUUGUUUUUGCGCAAUCGGCACCAGUGGUGUAACCAGUGGUGUAACCAGUGGUGUCACGCUUUGGGCGCCUUCACGAGCGCCAUCGCCUCCCGCCGACCAUUGGCGGCGGCAAUAUUUAUUUAUAUAUCUUGGCUCGGUUACUGAACGCAGCCACCAACUAGGCCCUAAGGGCAAGCGGCCAGCAACAAACGGCACCGUUCAAUCUCCGGUGGGCAGCGCUGCCCCAACUUGGCAACCAACGUCAUUGUAGUGCCCCUGUGACGUCAUUGUAGUGCCCCUGUGACGGCAUUGUAGUGCCCCUGUGACGUCAUUGUAGUGCCCCUGUGACGUCAUUGUAGUGCCCCUAUGACGUCACUGUUGCGCCCCUGUGACGUCACUGUUGCGUCACACCAGGGUCGCAAACGGCUACCCGUACCCGGCCGGGUAUGGGUAUCGGGUAGGGUACGGGUAUCGGGUACCCGAUUGCGACCUCUGGUUAGCAGGGAUGGUGGGCGGAGCCA